CAGCAGAACUUGUGAUCGGUCUAGUAGACCAGUCCUGUUUAGAUUUAUAAAACACAACACUAUAAAUAGGCUAUAUAGGCUUGUAUUUUAGGCUAUAUAAAAUAUAUUUGUAUCCUGUUUCUUGUUUUUCUUGUUGCAAAUGCUACGAAAAGGAACUAUAAUAUAAGCCUACUAUUCGUGGAUUGUUUACCAUACGCGUAACGCAAGACCUAUAAUGACUUUAUUAGUAAGUCUUCGAUCAAUAAACAACUGUCUAUUGUAGCUGGCUUCUACGUUGUAAUACUCGACUACUUAUUGAUGUAAUCGUGCCACAAAAUGUUAAUUUCUGCUACCGGAAGACCAAUAUCUGUGGGCCAACUCUUGAACAAAAUGGCAGGCCGUGACAACAGGGAUGGCCGUGAUGGCAGAGAUAGCCGUGGUCUUGACGAUCCACCGAAUAGUAGAUUGUUUAUUUUGUGCCAGAAAGGAACAACAGAGCAAGAAUUCAGAGACGCAUUUGACAAAUUCGGAACUAUUGAAGAUAUUUGGAUUAUUAAAGACAAAAGAACCAACGAAGACAGAGGGAUUGUGUACAUCAAGUUUUCAAAGACUUCUGAAGCUAUGCAAGCCAUGGAGGAGAUGAAUGGCAGGGCAUUGCCAGGAACCAAUAAAGGCUUAAAAGUUGUUGUUGCAAAUAGCAAACGUGACGGUUCUACUCGUGAUCCAAGAGAAGAUGAAAGACUUGUGCGCUUGUUUGUUAUUAUUCCUAAGCAUUUCUCUGAGCAAACUCUUCGAGAAGAAUUUUCAAAAUAUGGCGAUGUUGAGUCUGUGACAGUCUUGAAAGAUCGAAAUACUGGAGAGAGCAAAGGCUUUGGCUAUGUUCGCUACUUUAAACCUUUACAUGCAGCUAUGGCUUAUGAAAACUGCGACAGUUCAUUCCGACCAAAGUUUGCAGAGCCCCAGCGUUCAAGAGAUGAGAGAGAUGAAAUAGAAAACCAUGGAUUUACACACCACUCUGGUGCUGGUCAGAAAAGAAUGUAUGAAGAUGAGCUUCACCCUCCUGGGUUUUUUAACACUGAAGUUCAAGCAUUUCCAUCAAGGAAUUUUCAUUUAGGUACUGGGCCUAUGGAAAUCCUCUCAGAAUAUCCAGCCACCAACACAGGUUCUCGUUUAAUCAUCCAAGCUCCCAUUGGUUUGACCCAAGGGUAUUUAAGCAAACUCUUCAAUAUCAUUCCUGGUAUGGAAUAUUGUGACCUUAAUGAGACAACAGGCGUGGCUUAUGCUAGAUAUAGCAGUCCACAAUGUGCAGCCUAUGCAAGAGAUAAAUUAAAUGGGUUUGAAUAUCCUCUGGGAAGUCCUAUACAUGUGCAGAUGGCUGAUGAAAACGUGAGACAAGAGUUUCCCAUGAAUGUAGAUAACAAUAACUUUUCACACUUCGGAAAUCAGUUUGGAUCAUUUCCUGCUCCUGGUGCAAGCCCCAUGGAAGCAAUAGAUAUCCGACAAAAAGCUGCAAUGAUAUUAGAAAAGGCUGGCAUUAAUCCCCACAAUCUGUUUAGUUUUGCUGCUGCUGGCGUUGGCUCUGUUGGUGAUGGUCGCAAAGAACGGGUACCUUACUGCAAUAUCCCUCUUCCUCCUCCACAACCCACAGUUGCAGAAGAUGGCAAAAACCUAGCUCAAAGGUUAUUUAUUGUUUGUCAGCCAUCAGGAGUGUCAGAAAGAGUUUUGAAGGAUGCGUUUUGUCGAUUUGGGAACCUGAUUGAUGUCUAUUUAUUAUCUGGUCGAAACUAUGGGUAUGCAAAGUUUGCUUCUAAAGAUUGUGCCAUGAAAGCUAUUGAAACACUUCAUGGCCAAACUCUUGCUGGUCAGAAACUUAAAGUACUUGAAGCUGAGCCUCCCAAAACUCAUCCUGUCCAUGGAGGUAUGCAAGGAGAUGAAGGUCCUUCAAAGAAACAGAGACUUUAAGGUGACAAGAGACAAAUUUUUAACAGGACAUUAUGAACCGACCAAAGAGGACGUUUUUUACAAAGACCUGCAACUUGACAGCCAUAAAGACAUAAGUAUUUACUGGCUGUUCAGUCAUUCACUUUUUGGAAAGACUUUUUGUCACCGACAGCAGAUUGAUUCUUAAAAGACUCCUAAAAUAAAUAUCUGUUGUCUCUUAUCAUUCAAAAUGUGUGCUCCAUACUAUCAUUACUUGCACUUGGUGUUUUUGUUGUUUUUUGUUUGUUUAGAUUUCAUCAUUUGAUGUUUUUUCAGUUUGUGAAUUUUUAAGAACAAAAUAUGAACGUAAUCCUGUCAGAUUAAUUUAUCGCAGAUCUUAAUUUUGUUAAACUGUAGAAAGUUUUUUUUUUUUAAAUAUAAAGAAUUUCCAAUGAAAUAAUCUUUGGAACAUUGCUGAAUGUUUUGUUGUAUUUGACAAAUUUUUAUUUUUAGUUGAAUUGUAAAAUUAUAUUUCACAUUGUUUUUAGUUGUAAUAAAAAAAUUGAAUUAAA